AUGCGUUACGCUACUGCUACUGUUGCCGCUCUCCUGGCGAUUUUGGCCGCCCACGUCUCUGCUCAUGGCCUGGUCACUCAGAUCCAAGGCGCGAACGGCGUGAACAUGCCUGGCCUGUCGGUGAUCGAUGGCACCCCUCGUAACUGCCCAACUCCCGGAUGUGGUGCUGAAGCCGAUACUUCCAUCAUCCGACAAAACGAGCUCGGCACCAGCAAGGCCUCUGCCCUGGGACGCACCGAAGGCGGCGGUCCAGUGGAUGCCGCGAGGGUGAUUUUGGCUUUCAUGGGCACAGCCUCGGCUGGGAGGACUACUGCUGGAAACAAGCGCGGUUUGUUGGGCAAUCUUCUGGGAGGAAACGGUGGCGGAACUCAGAGUAAGGGUACCAAGUCCACUGGUGUCGAGACCGGUAUUCAGGACACUGCCGGCCAAGGCGCGCAGUCGGGUCUUCCCACCUGCUCUGACAACGGAACCAUUUCCAUGACGUUUCACCAGGUCAACCAGGAUGGUGCAGGCAUCCUAACGGCAAUGAUCGACCCUAUCUCUGGCGGCACCGAUCCCAACGCGUUCCAGAAAGCCGAGGUGAUCCAGGACGUUCCGGGCGACAAGCUGGGUCUGUCGACGGCGACGAGCACCGACUUCCCCAUCAAGGUCCAGAUGCCUGCUGGUAUGACCUGCGAGGGCAGCGUGGCCGGUGUCAACAACGUGUGCAUUGUCCGGAUCAACAACAACGCUCUCGCGGGGCCCUUUGGCGGUUCAGCGGCGUUUACGCAGUCGCCGGCUGCGAAGAAGCGGGCGAUCGAGUACAACCUCCGCAAGAGGCACAUUGCUCGUGGCGUUUUGCCUAAGCUUGAGUAG